ACGCCCCUCGCUGCGCCGUGGCUCCAGCCCUGAGAGGCGUGGCGCUGCUGGAGCGAACCAACAUCACGUGUGCCGUUGACGCGGACCCUGUGAACGUCUCCUUCAACUGGACCUUCAACAACUCCCUAAGGCGCGACCAAGACCAGACCCUCCCUAGUAGCAGGUACACGCAGGAUGGGGCUUCGCAGUACCCUCACCUACACGCCCACCAGCGAGCGGGACUACGGCACUCUGCAGUGUUACGCUACCAAUGUCGUGGGCAAGCAGGAAGAGCCGUGUUCCUUUACCCUCAUAUCGGCAGGACCGCCAGAGGAAGUUAACAACUGCACCGUGCUCAACGUGACGUCACACUCUGCUGGCAUCAGGUGCUUGUCUGGCUUCGACGGCGGCCUGCCACAGCGCUUCCUCCUACAGGUUUGGGAGGCAGAGUCCGGGCGGCUGAUGGUCAACGCGUCCAGUUCCAGUCCAGUGUUUGCCGCGCGCCCCCUAGAGCCCGGCAGGACCUACAAAGCCUCCGUGGCCUCCUACAACAGCCGGGGCCGCGCUACACCCAGCCGGCUCCUCUUUCUCACUCUGAAAGAAGCUGAGAUGCAUAAAAGCCUGCCGUCGAUGGUGGAGCCCUCACCGCUCGUGCUCAUCCUCGGAGUGAUUACUGGCGUGCUGGUAGUGGUGGGCGCUCUCCUGCUGGCGGUGUGGCUCGUGAAGGAGAGAAGAAACCACGGGCAUCACGAGUCAGCCACAGUCACUCAGAUCGUCCUGAAAGACAACAAUCCGGACCUUUUGAGUGUGGAGGCUCCGGAGGAAGGUGUGGGCGUGAGGGUGAACGGCUCGGUGAAGGCAGCUCAGUAUGCCCCUCCCAGCAGCGGCGGCGGCCCGGAGCAGGUGGCCAGCUAUCAGAGGUAUGAGGAAGACGCAACCUCCCUCUACGGUUCCUCAUCUCCCGAGGCCACCGAAAGAACACGACUCACCACUUCCAACACCUCUGCCUCUAAAGGAGGAGGAGGAGCGGCUGCUGUGGCGGGAAGGGGCGGAGGGACUCUCGGGGUCAACCUGCUGCGAGGGGGUCUCGGAGGAGGUGGCGGAGCAGUGGUGGGAGGAGGGGCCGCCGCGCCUCUGCCAAUCGUGGAAGGAGGCGAGCAGGACCUGAGAAGACAGACCACCGUCAGGCUGUUCAUGAGCGGCAGCCCCGAGGUGUCCUUCUGAAGGUUUGCGAGAUAACACCUCCCAGUUCUCUGUAGCCCAGAAACUCUAUACUAAUAACUCCCGAGGCUCCGAACGCCUCGAAGCUCUUUGACAUUUGCACUGUAGCUUGAUGUCCUUUUACGCCCAAAUCGAGUUUAGUUUUUAGGUCAGGAAUUCUCCGAAGCCUCACUAAAGCCGGAAGACUUAAGUGAAACUACUACUUAAUCCUCCGAAGCCAAAGGAAAGGGGAAAAAAAAAAAACGUAGCAGUGUGGAUGUAGAAAAAUCGGAAACUACUGUCUCUGGAAAAUAGACCGAAGCAUAAAAAGUGGAACUCCAUUGGGGCUGUGACUUCAAUGGAGCGCAAAUCCGCGACCUUUGUGAAGCGUGCUAUUUACGUGUUGUGGAGCAGGAGAAAGACGGUCUUCGGAGCCGCUUAGGGAACAGAAAAACUCCAAAUGACCAAAGGAAGUAGAAAAGAAUUCAUAUGUGAAAGUUAACAGUGAUUGGCGAAAGAGAGGAGAGGCAGGAUUCACGCCGAGGCCUGCAGCGCGCGGAAAGCAAGAGGAAAUAUGCACACUUUCGUACAUAGUGGGCGCAAAGUACGAGGUGCCGUGAGGAGAAAACACAAUGAGGACACCGUCAGAUGCGACUGACGCGGAAGUGAAGGAAAGGGAACAAAACGAAAAGGCAAAGCAAGAAGAUGGAGAGGAAAGGCGAGGUGAGAACGACGCAGGCACAGAUUACAUAAAGACAGUGACUGGAUGGAAAAGCGAACGUAAAGAGAAGGGAUGUGACGAAAUCCUGUGGAAGGACUCGGUAACUCGCCAAGAAUCAGAAUCGAGAAGCUGAGAGAGGAAAGAGGAACAGGAAGAAAGAAACCUAGCACUGCAGUUCCUCCUCUUUUUUUUUUUUUUUUUUUUUUUUUUAGCCAGGCCAUUGCAGAGUCUGGACUUGUUUUCGAAACACUGGUCUCCCAAGGACUUAGUGUUGUUUUUCUUUUUUUUCUUUCACUCUCUCUUGUUUUACCUGAUUUUGUAUUUUUCUCUUUUCUCUGGAUCCUCUGCGUUUUCUUAGGCGAGAGCGUUUCCUGUGCAGAAUGUUCGUGUGCGUCUGUUGCGUCUGUUGUCCAAAUACGAAGAUGAUUGAGUUAUAAAGUUGCUCGUCUGGGUCUGAUGGCCUUUGAUCCUGCAGCAGCCUUGCCCCGAGACCAAACAAGGAGGGAGAUGAAAACACGAGAAAAGUGCACUGUACGAAAGAAGUAAAGUAGGAAAGAGUAAAGUGAAGGGGGAAAGAAAGCUGGAAUGUUUUCACUUCAAUAUUCUCUUGAGGAGGAAGAAAGUUCACAGAAACGGUAGUUCGCCUGUAUUGAAAGGCUCUCACGUUGUCAUUAAGGUAAAGGGUGUUAAUCAGGCGGCGUCUCAGGUACUGUAAAGGAUCUCGCUAAUAAGGUGCGCCAGGUGUUCACGACGGCCAGGUACGUGAAGGUUACCUGGAUGAAAUUGUAUGUUAAAGGAGGAGCUAUUAAUUUCGGUCCGGAGGUAAGGCUUCACUCUCUUGAAAUUGGAUGUUUCUUUAUUCGUUUGUAAUUGUAUAUACGUGGUGUGUGUGUGUGUGUGUGUGUGUGUGUGUGUGUGUGUGUGUGUGUGUGUGUGUGUGUGUGUGUAUGUGUGUGUGUGU